AUGAGGUCACCUGCCACACUUCCUGUUUGCAACCGAAAAAAGUUAGAGCUGAUAAAAAUAGAUUCUGUGCCCAUCGUGACGAGUGAAAGGGUGAAGCUCCGCGACAGCCUGGACCUCUGCAGCCCUCUCUGUCCCGAGGGAGCUCACAGAUCCCAUCUGCAGCUGAGGCGACCUAGACAUGACGGGUAAGGUUAGACCCCUAAAGGCAGCAUGAUGCCUUCAGGAGAGGCUUCUACUUUCACUGAGCUUUCAUCUUGGGUGGCUGUGAGCAUGGAGUGUGAAAUACUGGAAGGCAGAGAAGAAAAUGCUUUUCAUCUCAGACCGAAACAUUAACAUUUCAUCUGACUUUAGUCCUAAAUAAUUAAGUUAAAAAUAUCCAACUGUAUAAAAUUAAUUAAAAUCAAUGCCUUAAAUAACACCAUGCACUCCUCAGUAAAAUAAAAUAAAGCAUUUCAAGUUGGAUUUUUAAAGCUGAUUGGCGUGGAAAGGUAAUAUUGUAAACACUGAUUAAAUUUUGAUUCAUGUUUUCGUAACUUAUUUUAGAAGAAUUUGAUUAUAUAGCACAAUGCAAAUCCUGUUCGUCACGGGAAACCAGGCAAGCAGGUGACAAGCAUCGCUAACUUUGUUUUUAUGAAUGCAGGACAUGUGCACAAUCUAUCAUAUGUGUUUUGGUGGUGGUUUACUUAUAUAAAAAUUCAUUUGUGCGUCUUCACAGUUUUAGAGUUGAAGAGAAAUUCCAAACGCAUUUGAUAUUUUUUUUAGGCUUUACUUAUCUACAUAUUCUGUGUUGAACUUAAAACCUUCACAAUUAACUUCUUCCAUACAAUCGCGCUGUAUAUAUUUCUGCUUAUUGUUGGAUGAAGUCACCCAUACACUCAAUUUUGUCUCAUUGGAACCUCCCUGAUUGUCUACGAGGCUCUGUAAAGACCGGGGUCACCGUUAGUGAUGACACUUGUUAGAGCAAAUGUAGGGGAAAAAACGGCACAAAAACAUUGUUACAAAAGCAAAUCAACAACAAAAUGUGACGCAUUUGACAAACAAAACUAACUACUUGUUUCUGAACUUUAUUUUUCUUAAGAGCUUUUCUUCAUUGGCCGCAUACCUACAUUUUUCAAUGUGUAAUUCCGCAAUAUCUCUCUUCUUUUCUUGCAAAUGGACACAAAAUCCGAGGAACAUACAGGGAAAAUGUGUAAACAAGCCUAUCUACAAACAUUUCAGCAUAAAAACCAAACUAGGAAACGUUUGUGGCAUUGCGUUGUCUUAUGCCCUGUAGGUGUCUAUGUGGGUCUGGCGCUGACCUCAUUGACCCUCAUCAUCUCCAUAUCCCUGAACGUCAUUUUUUAUUGGCAGAGAUAUCGGGACAGGCAGUGCACAGGUCAAAAGGAGCACAUCAUUCCAUACAGCAGGGAAAACUUCAGUUCUGAUAGUAUUGAAGAAGACCGGAUUCAAGACAAUCCCAUUUAUGGUAAUAUCCACACAGACAGGGCAGGUGGAUGUCCGGCUGAAAUGCUGUAUGAGCAUAUGGAAGCAAGCAUGUCAAGGGAAAAUAAGCUGGAGCUUCCUCCGAAUAUAGACGUGUCAUACGCCUCUUUGGACCUUAUGGGAGGCAAAAAGAACAGGAAGAAACGAAGGGGAAAGCAAUCCCAGGCUCAGCCCAAACGGCUAGUCCAUGCCCAUUCCCAACAAGAAUUCCUGGAGCUCGAGAUGGACAGCGGGCUGCCCCCCCGGCAGAGCAGCCCCAUGGCGUCGCGUAACAGCAUCUAUCUCAACAGCCACCAGAUGGCGCUGGAAAGUCGGGAACAAGCGUGGGAGAUGAGGCAGGAGAGACAGAGGGACAUGGAGACAGAGGCGGAUGUCGAGGCGAUCCACGACGACCCUGCUCGCUUCAUAAAAAGGGCUAAUCAAAGUGAAGCCUUCGACAGUUAGAGACUUUGUACUGCUGUUCGUGUGCUUAUGUCGCAGGAGUGACUUUGCAAUUACCUUUAAUUUCAGUCUUUAUUUCUCACUCACCAUUCAUAAAUCAGUGCGAUGAUCUGUCACCCAGCUCUUUAUGAGCAGAUGUUUGUAAGAGGCAGUACCAUACGAAGAUGCCAGUGAUCUGAGAGCCCACCGAACGCAGCAGAAUGUUUCUUUUUCUGUCCCUGACAAGUCGCUGCUGCAGCCCCGCGUUGCAGAUCCCCGAAUACUCGGACUGACGAAAGAUGAUCUACCACUUAGAUCUACUUUUGUAAUUAGAUUUGUAAUUUUAAAAAGCAUUUCCAUAUAACGUUCUGGCGAAUAUGCAAUAAAUGCACAUAGGCUGUUCAGGCAUCUCAUUUUUAUUACCAGCUGAAAAUGUUAUUUUAUUCUAACGGAAAUGUACGGCUUGUUCACAGACAAUCUGCUGAUGUCGCCACCGCUUUGAAAAUCAGCAAAACUUCUCAAUGAUGUGUGACGACCUUCUUGUGGUCGUUUUUGGGUUACGGGCUAUAAGUGGCCAUCCAUUCAUUCUAAUGAACGAGCCUGAUUUUCAGUGCAAGUCUCAGAGUGCGACUAAAAUUAACGCGAUUAGUAAUAUUUGAAAUGUUUGUUUUAAUGACAACACGUGAUAAACAUAUUUCAUGUCAAAA